CCGAGAUAAUCCGAAAGAAUUCACAAAAUCCAGAAAAUGACUGUCACAUGAAGAAAGAUGACAGACGUCGAUGAGCUUGACGUAAACCCUCUCUUCAGGGCUUUACAGAAAAAGUACCAAGAUUUAUAUGAUAUAGCUCAGGAUAAUUGUUAUAUUGUCUGCAUACCACAAACCUCAUCUUUGGUAAAUGUUACAGUUACAAGGAAACUUAUUGCAACACAUAUACUAAAGCCUUCACCUUACUUCAAAAGUCAGUACCAGACACUGGAUUCUCCAGAUAAAGUUGUACAGUUAGAAGUCAAUGGGAAGGAGUUUCGAACUGUUGAAGGGUUCUCAGAUGACCACUCGGUGAAGAUUUUAAAUGAAGAACUGGGGUAUAAUAAGGAUUAUAAAGCAUACAAAAUCCUGAUUUUAGAAUGUCCUUUGGAUCCAUCUUUAAAGGUUUAUAAAACUGAAAGUAAGCUGCAGGCAGCAACAGAUGGCAUACCUGGAUACUCCACAUACACAGAAUCCUGUAAUUUCUUAAUAUCUCAUGCUGAGUACAGAAUGGUUUUGCGUCAGUUGGACGAGAGUUUGAAGCAGUUUAAUGCUAACUACAUGAUACUUAAAGACUACCUCUUAGAAGCACAAAACAAGCUCAAGUCCCUGUGUCAACAAGUAGCCAGGGAUUGUCUAAAAUGUUCAAAGUUUGAAAAAGAGCAGGAUCCAAAAUUCAGAGAAACCAUAGAUUUUUGUGUUGAAAGCUAUGUAAUGGGAGCAGUCCACAAAAAGGUGUUUUCUGUCAUCAAGGAAACACAUGAGGAGGAGGAUAGAUUACUUUUUGCAAAAUGUAAACAACUGCGCAAUGUAACAGCGGAACAGCUAGGGGUUAAUAAGAAAAUCGCUUGUCCUCUUCCACAAGCUGUUGUAGAAUUGGCAAAUCUGGAUGGCCUAAGGACUCCUCUAGAGAAAUUAUUCUGCUUGAAAUCGACAGUGGACAAUGCCAGUCAGACUAUACAGAGUUAUUUAGAAGAGAAUCGUGUACCCCCAGUGUCUGUCGCAGUGGAAGAUAGCUACUGUCUGACAUCUGAUGAUCUCAUCCCUAUCUUAGUGACUGUGAUAGCUCAGGCUCAGUGUCGACAUUUUGCCAGUAACAUUAGCUAUAUAGAGUCAUUCCACUGGGCCUCAGAGGCCAAUGACAGAGGCAACCUUAGCUACUGUUUGGUGACGUUUAAGGCAGCUGUGGAAUAUAUGAAGAACACGUCCUUUGAUGAGUUGGAGAGGAGACCCAGCCUGAAGAGAGAGAUAAGCCUGGAGGAGUUGAGGAGAGUGACCACCGGUUCGUUUUCCGGAGACCCUGACUGUGCUGUAAGCAGCGCCAGCCUGAGACAGUCUGGUGUCAACCAUUACGACCGGCAACUGGAGAGAAUCUCACAGAUGUUGAACGAAUCCCACGAAGAGCUCAGGAAGUCAGAGAAAACCAACACGUAUCUAAAGCAAAGUAUUUUUGGAGAGAGUUAUCAAAGAUCCCUGAAACCAGUUGACGAUAGGAAAAGAAAUGGAAAAGGAAAAGAAGAACUGGGGGAUUUUAUCACCUCUCUACAGAACGACAUGUUUGGAAUGAGUUUUGGCAAGCAGAGUUGAUGUCUGUUUCCACAGAGAACUGAUGUUAGUCUGUGAUACUGACCAUUGAUAUUUUAUAAUUCAUUUGUAAAAAAUAAAAAACUAAUGAUUAACAGAUUCAUUAACAGCAAUCGUCUACUUCAUCAAGCUUUGUAACAAUUAUCUUAUUUUUAGCAAUUCCAUAAGAUAGCAAAGACCAAUAUUCUGUUAAUUUUCUCCAUAAAUAUUUGAGAUUUUAUUAUCUUUUAUGAAGAGCACUCAUUUUGCUAUGUUAUAUAUAUAGACCUGUUUUCUUAUGUUUUUGUCCAGUCAAUACAUGCAUAUAAUUAUGAUAAAAUUAGUCUAAUUAUUUAAUUAUUUAUUAAUGUGAAGUAUUGUCUUAUUUAUAUUUAAUAUUGUGAGUCCAUUGUUUGUUAUACUUCCAGCAAAUUUUUAUUCAGGUAAAACUAUUCAUUCUUUUGAUUACUGCUGUAAUAGACAGUGUUUAUAUCACUGGGAAUAUUUCUUUCUUCAGACAUAUCACCAACUUCAGGUAUAAUUUCAUGUUGCCUGAGUUAUAUUGUGACCUAUUGCUAUCUGUCAAUCAUACUUCUACCAAGAAGCCAUAUGAUACUCAAGUGACUAUCAAGAUUUUAUUGUUUCAUACUUUUGUAUAGCAUUAAGUUAAUUUGUUUUGUUUUGUUGUUGUUGACUUAUUUAUUGCAUAUGAUAUACACUCGUUCUUUUAAUUAAUCAUAUUUGUUCUUAUAUUCUAUUUAAGUAUAAUGGAAAAUAUUUUGUUGACUAAUUUAUUGCAUAUAUUAUGCAGCAUCCUUCAUAAUGUUAUACAUUGUUGACCAGUACAUGUAUUCUAUUCAGAUAAAAGUAGAAUUUACCUCAAAUUGU